AUGUCGCUGCAGCCUUCCUCUGAGGGCGGCCGAACAGCCCCUCGAUGGAUCUACGAUCUCCUUUCCGGCCUCAUACACGAAGUCGAGAAUUCUGUGAAAUUGUCCGUGGAUGAACGUCUUGCUUACCUCCAACCUGAACUGUUCUCUCAUUCGCACGACUUCAAGGUCUUCCCAGAGCAGAGCAAUAUCGAGGGCGCGAACCCGACUAUCUUGUCGCUUCUGUGUCGAGGCUGCGAUCACCACAUCGUUGUCAAGGUCGUCUACGAUGAGUCCCGCGCUCAAGGCCUUUGCAAUGCUGGAGUUGCCCACUACACUGGUAGCCUCGACUGUCCACCCGAGGCCGAGGACCUGGCGCACCAUCUCGUUCACGAGAGCACUUGGUCAUCCAAGGAAUGCGAGCAGCUGGCUGACCCUCAUCGGUCUCCCCUGGUCGGCCGGACACAGUACAAAUGUUCGGGCGCCUCCUGCUCCCUACAAGUGACCGUGGAAACGUAUCUCCCUCGUCUCAACCUUGAGUGGCUCAAGGCACUUCAAGACAUGAAUGGUGCCCGCAAACGCCUGGAAGAAGCCCGGCAGACGCAGCCCGAACGCUUUGCCGAGUUUAAGGAUGAUUGGCUCUCGUCCGGUCUUCACUUGCUCAACACGUAUCUGAAAAACCGACUGAGCGACCCCCAGAGUCGAAAGAUUUCAAAGCGUAAUAAGCGAUUUCAAGUUUCCUUCGGCGAAGAACUCUGGCCUCUCUUCAACGCACUGGGUUUCGUGGAGCAAACGCUUGACAACGACGGUGCUGAUGAGGACUAUUUCGUUCCUGAGCCUCUCGAACCGCCUAAUCCGCCCACGCAGAUUGGAACGCUACGCUCGUUCGUCGAAGACAUGCGCUUCGAAGUUGAGAACCGCAUCAUCGCCCUCGGCCAGCAAGGCCCUGCAUCGCCACACCAUGACUCGGCUGUGGACCGACUGGAGAAAGCGCUCCAUUGCUUCAACUGGCCGCAGAACAAGUCUUUCCAUGUCCAGAGCAUUAACCCGCGCGAUGCUGAAUUCUCGCUCUUGGGAGUCCUUCCCAACUUUGACAAGAGCCUGACGCUCUUUGCGUACUACCGCCAGUGCCUGAUAUGGCCUACCAACCGCAAGCUCCUCACUGAUGCACUCGCUAAUAAUGCGAAACGCCUGGGAGAUGACGAACUGAUGCUUCAGGCGACUGUGGAGGAAUCAAAGAUCGACCACCCUGGUGCCGCCGUGAUUGCAAACGGUGACAACGAUGACACAGCCAUGGUAUGGCAGGCCGCUUCUUUUUUCGGCCUUGACAACAUCCAAGCAGUGGGCGACCAUGUCAUUGUGAGCAAAUUCAAGGAGAAGGUUCAGAACGAUCCAGGACAAGAAGGUCUCGCCAAAGAGUUCCUUCUGGUUCUGGGUCGUUCGAGGAAGAGUGACCGCUUGAUUGAGGCGGCACAGGGCCCAAUGUCUCUCAACACCGCUUUUGUAUGGCUCGAAGCGAAUGAACAGUAUGACGACGAGUUCAUCGAGACCAUGGCUAGCACCAAGAUCAAGAGCCACCCUGGAAACCAGUACAUCAAGGAUGAAUGCCUUGAAGCUCUCGAUACAAUCUCGCGGAACAGAAAGAGCGACCGUCUCGCGGCAUUUGCCCAGGAACUCAUGCUAUCGCAAGACAACCAGCUCACAGCUGCCCAAGCGCUUGUGGUGCGCUAUGAUCUCCCCGUCGGCCUCAAGAACAUUGGCAACACAUGUUACCUGAACAGCAUCCUGCAAUAUCUCUACACUGUCAAACCGGUGAGAGAUCUAGUCCUCAACUUCGACGACCACAAGUUAGACCUCAGCGAUGAGAGCAUCGCCGCACGUCGCAUUGGUAGCAACCGCAUGCCGCUGACCCGUCCUGAUGCUGUUGUAUCAUUCGCAUGCGCCGAGGAGCUGUCCAAGCUAUUCAACAGCUUGUACACAAGCGACCAAGUUGCCGUCAAACCCGCACAGCGCCUGGCCAAUGCUGCCCUCUUCCUGGUCCAAGAGAUUGCGGAGGGUGCUUCGAAGGACCAGGGCUCCAGCCAGUCGAAGAGUCUACCCGAUGUCAUGGGCGUCCAAUUUCCAACGCCACCCCCUCUUCCUGCCCGACCUCCUCCGGAUGCGCCUCAGACACAGACCGAGCACGUCGAACAUGUCGAACAUGCCGAAACUGCCUACGGCGCUCACAACGGACAGGACAUCGACAUGGUCAACGUAUCUGUGGACGCGGUCUCUGACGCUGCUAGCACCGGCAGCAGCAAGACCCUGAUCGGCGAUGCUAUGGAGAUUGAUGUCAACUCGGACAAGGUGGGCGGUCCCUUGGAAGGAGAUGUUCUACCUUCCAUCGAGGGCGAUGCUGGACACUUGCAGAGCAACCAAGACACUGCCGUCACUGUGGCUGACAGUGACGAUCCCAUGAACGACGCACGGGUGCUUGCUGCUCUUGAGACGCAGAAGCGCUCGUCCGGUACUGAACAACAGGAUGUCGGAGAAGUUUUGGGUCGCUUGUUGGAUAGAGUCCAAGGCGCCAUCAAGCACACCCGUGUUACGGAAGACGGCAUGCAGCUCGACCUCAUCAUGGAUAUCUUCUACAUCUCGAUCAAAACUCGCAACCAGAAAGAUGGGCAAGAGCCUCAAGUCCAAGUAACGUUCGACCGCUACGUUAGCGCCUUUCCUUCUCAAAGCGGACCGUGUGACAUCAACGAUGCUCUCAGUCGGAACUUCGAUCUCGAGUACGUGGAAGACAGCGGCUACACUCGAUACAGUGGCAUUGAUUGCUCGGUCAAGCCGCCCACAAUCUUGCAGGUGAUGAUUCAGCGCACCAGCAGCAACGGCACGAAGAAUGGCAAUCCGGUGAUCGUUAGCGAGGAUCUCUAUCUCGACCGCUUCGUUGACGCCGUGCCUGGGUCGCGACUUUACGAGUACCGGAGCGCCAGCUGGACUCUCCAGAAGCGGAUUCUCCAGCUUGGCGAGUUACCCGCUGCGCCCAAGGUUGACAACAGCGACCUCCUCGGCCAUUUCAUUCAACGUGGACUUGACACGCCUCCGAUGGAGACUCUUUCCGACGCGCCCGAGGGUUCCCCCCUGGUCUUGUCAAAGCAACCAUCUCCGGCGUUCAGCUUCCCAUGCAAACCUUUCGAGUACAAGCCCAAUGCGGCCGAGAAGGCAGCCGACGACGAUGAUCUCGAAGUCCGUUCACCUCCCUCGACGCAAGAGCAACCCUACGAGCUACCCAGCAGACAGCAGAUCGAAGUCAUGGCUGCCGAUAAGGCCAAGGCCCACCUAGACCGUCUGGGCGAUAUUUUCAAAGACCUGCGGCAACAUCGAUGUCUCCUCCACGCGGUCAUCUGUCACAGCGGCCAGCUCAACGCCGGACACUACUGGGUGUACAUUCGUGACUUUGAAGCGGGCAUCUGGAGGAAGUACAACGAUGAGACUGUCACCGAGUACGCGAGCACCGAAGAUGUGCUGAAGCUCCUGAACGGCGGUGGUGACCCCUAUUACCUCUGCUACGUCCGCGCUGAUGAGGUCAGCAAUCUCGUCGAUGUUCCUCGGCGCCAGCCUGUGGAGGGCCACCGCACCGACGGCGACAGCUCGGGAGGUGACUUCUCGGCCAUGAUGGCCGAGCAGUCGAGCGGCCUACACAGCUUCCCGCCGGCCGUUCAUCAGAACUCGCCUGUUGAUGAACAACCUCCGCCAUACCAGGCAAAGGGUGGUCCAGCCUAG